CUCCCAUACGCCUGUUCUUCAAUCAAUCAAUCCAACAGGUCGUUCCCGCGUGUUCCCUAAUAAUAUCUAUAUCUGAACACCAUAUUCUGGGUCACACCGAAAUCUGAAACUACACACGAUAUCUAGAUAGAUAGGAUCUAGCUAUACGGUCUUCACACGACCACGAAAAAUUAUACCCACCACCCAUAACUCUACACACACACACAUAUACACAGUCAAGAAGAAAGGUUACACAAAAUGGCCUCCGUCGACCUCUUCACCGAAUAUCCCCUCCACCUGGACCCAACCAGCAAAUCCAUCUCCCUCAACACCACCAACACCACCACGCUCCCCACUUCCACCGCCACAAUAACCACCGAACUUACACACCUCAACGCCCUGCACCGCUCGCUCAUUUCCCUCGACCCGCCGAACAUUCCCCCUCCCCCGCUCCCCAUCAACCCCAAGCGCAGCGCCCAGAUCACCAAGCUCCGCGACAGCGCCAACACCGCAUACCGCAAGUCGAACCACGCCGAGGCGGUCCGUCUCUACACAUACGCUAUCGACAUGGCGCUGGGCCGGCCCGGCUGGGAACCCGUCACGCUGGCGAGGGACGAGUUGGCGGGGUUGUAUGCGAAUCGGGCGCAGGCGUGGAUGAGCCAGCGCGCGUGGCCGGAGGGGCUGGUCGAUGCGAGAUGUAGUGUUGAGAGUAAGCCUGUGGCGAAUGUGAAGGCUUGGUGGAGGGGUGGGAGGUGUUUGGUGGAGAUGGGGAGGUGGGAGGAGGCCAAGGGGAUGGUUGAGAAGGGGUUGGAGAUUGAGGGGAGGGUUAGUGAGGGUGGGAAGGAGCUUUUGGGGUUGUUGAGUGAGGUGGAGGAGGGGUUGAAGAGGAGUGGUAGUGCUUGA